CCAAGGAGCAGACCAAAGCCAGGCAGGAAGCUCGCUGAAAGAGCCACGAGCCACCGACGGACGGACGGACGGAGACCCACGCCCUCCCUCUUUCCCUCCCCCUCCCCCUUCCCCUCGCUCGCUCGCCCCCGCCCACUCCCACUCCCACCUGCCCGUCUGCCUUUCCCUCUCCUUGGUCUGAUUGGGUAGUGGUAGUGGAAGUGGUGGUGGUGGGUGGGGUGGUCCAGCAUGAGUGCGAGUCUGUCGUCGUCGACGACGGGAGUGGAUGGACCGGCGUUUGUCUCGCCCGCAGUGGAGCCGCCGUUGGCUCAUGGCGUGGUGGGCGUGCACAUCGGGGCGGGUCAGCAUUCCGAGCUCAAGACACCGUUGUAUUUGAGUCUGUGCAGUCGGGCGUGUGCUCAGGCCACUCAAAUGUUGCGGGCCGGUCAUACGGCCCUGGAGGCCGUGACGGAGGCCACCAAGAUCCUGGAAGAUGACGGCAGUACCAACGCCGGAUUUGGAUCCAAUCUGACGGAAGCUGGUAGCGUGGAAAUGGAUGCAGGGAUCAUGGAUGGUCAAAACUUACUCUUUGGAGCAGUAGGUGCCAUGCCAGGCAUCAAGAAUCCCAUUGCUGUGGCCAAGCUCUUGGUGGAAGAACAGCGACACGGUCUGUUACCCAUGGGUCGGGUCCCACCCGCAUUUUUGGUCGGCCAUGGCGCCAAAGAUUGGGCCAUUAAGCGUGGUCUCCCCGGUUUGGAGGAGGACAAGUUGAUUAGUGAAAAAUCCGGCAAGCUGUACAAGUACUACAAACGAAAACUCGAGUUGUACAAUGAGCGACAAGUCACGAAAAAGGUUAAGCUCCUGCCCGUCGAGGUCAUCAAUGUCGAAGACGAAGAUGACAAAGAAGAUCGUGCCCCGGAACUGGACAAACCGCCAGAAGAUGAUAAGGUCACCGAUACCGUGGGAGUGGUGGCCAUAGAUCAAUUCGGUAACGUGGCCAGCUCGGUGAGCAGUGGUGGCAUCGCCCUCAAGCAACCGGGUCGCGUGGGUCAAGCCUCCUGUUUCGGGUGCGGGUGUUGGGCCCAGAACAAAAUGGGACCCCGCGAUCAGACCAUCGGGGUGAGCACCACCGGAUGCGGUGAGUAUCUCGUCCGCACUUUCCUCGCCCGCGAAGUGGCCCUCAACGUGGGCCGAGCCGAGGCCCCGAUCAAAGGCCUGAAAAAUUGCAUGGACAGUUUCGCCAACUCGGAGUUUCUGGAGAACGUGCCGGAAAAACUGGCUGGCGCCGUUUGUAUUCAAUUUGAUCCGGAACUGCAGCAAGGGGAGUUCAUGUGGACUCAUACCACCGCGAGUAUGGGCGUGGCCUUUCAAACCACGGCUGAUGAACAAGCCACGACGAGGAUGUCGCGACUUCCCAUUGGCCCCAACAAGUGCCCAAGCGACCAAAUAAAAAACACGGUGAUCGCCAUCGAAAGCAUUCCAUUUUGUGUCAAAUCCAAAGAGCCCAAAUCGUUUCUCUCCAAUAAUAAGCUUCCAUUGGAGAUGCCGAAAGAGAACGGGUUUCUCGAUCAUUCGACUCUCCCACCAACUUCGGCCGUGGCCACCUGAUGGGCCUGUGAGCAUUUAGGAAUCCUAAUACCACCCACUCUAUGAAUUAAUACUCGUGGGCAUUGUUGCUCCCGCCGCUAUUGCUAGUUUCGGCCGGGGCACAAAUCCCGUCAAUCACUUUUGUUCAAAAUGCAUUUAUACACAUUUCUCAACUUUAAAACGGUUCAAUCAACUCUCCAAACUCACCAAGUAUUCGAAUGAAAUAUUUUGCGAUCAUGAAUCACCACAAUCGAAUCUUUAAUCAUAUUUCCUCGUCCUAGUCGAACAAGAAGACCAUACCAACCAAGAAGAUGUACUAAGAAUGAUUAACCGUCAAGCUUUGCCUUGCAUGAAAGGUCACCUAGUACAAAUGUAUCUCAUAUGUCCUUCCAUUUCCUUUUCGUUGCCUGCCAUCAAUUGCCUGUUAUGUCAAAUCACCAGAAUUAAUAAAAUUUGUUAAUCAACUAAGCCAUA